UUUUAAUUACUUUAAAAACCGAUCGUUCAGAUUCAGUUCUGACUGAUUCUGAUUCAAUAAAACUUUUCUUCUCACUUCUCACUUCUCACUUCUCGCGUCUCAUCUCUUUAGGAUGCAAUCUUCUUCCCUUCGAAUCAAUCUUUGUUGCUUUCUUUUGAAUUUAUGAUCCACCCUUCAUCCUCUCACACCAACGACUCCGUUCUUAUGCCCAUGCUCAUGGGAACUGUGUGUCUCAAGUGUGGUGACGAAGGUUUUCCAGAGACGUUGGUUUUUUGCAAAGAGUGUCAGGCUUGUGCUUUGCAUAGAUACUGUUUAAAUGGUCCUGUGGUGUUUUGGGAGGAAGUUAUAUGGUUUUGUGAGGAUUGUGAAGUAAAGCUCGUGAAGCCAUCUUCUUUUGACAUAUGUGUUUCAGCCUCACCCAAAAAUAGUGACUCCAUAAGCUUAGAAAAUGAUGAGAACAAAGCCACAAAAAAGCUUAGGAAUUGCAUAAAUAGAGUGAAGAAAAGUAAUCAGCAGGCUCAUAAUAUUAUUGAAGAACGGAAGCUAAAUAAAAGAAAAAUUAGCAAUCAACUGGCACAUAAGACGGUUGAAGAGAAGCAUGAUAAAAGACAAAUCAACAAUCAACGGCAACAAAAGAUAAUUGAAGAAGAGAAGCUGAAGAAAAGAAAAGUUAUCAGUCAACAAAAACAAGAUAUGAUUGAAGAAGAGAAGCUGAAGAAAGGAAAAGUUAUCAGUCAACAAAAACAAGAUAUGAUUGAAGAAGAGAAGCAGAUGAAAAGGAAAGCUAUUCCUAACUCAUUUGCUAAAACUAAGGCCUUGUCAUCUGAUAAUCACAAAAUGCCUUUGCCUGCACAGCCUAUUGCUAAGCCGAUAUGGAGGGGAAGUCUUAACUUCCGCAAUGAAGCUGGUGGUGUUGUAACUGAACUUCUGGCCCAUAUGUCCAGUUUAGCGUGCUCCAAAGUUGAGGAGGAGACACAGCUUUUGCCAAAGGUGCUUCAUGCGGAUUUGCUUCCCAGAUCUGUGGUGUGGCCUAAAAGUUUCAAGUAUGAGGGGCCAACUGAUAUGAGCAUUGCUCUCUAUUUCUUUCCUCAGAGUCAAAGAGACGAAAAAGCCUUUGAUAAGCUGGUUGACGACAUCAUUCAACUUGAACUCGCGAUAAAGGUGGCUGCUAAAAAUGCAGACCUCACAAUUUUUCCAUCUACCGCCCUCCCAGUUCAACAUCGGAGAAUGCAAGCAAAGUACUAUUUGUGGGGUGUCUUCAGAGGAAAGCAAACUUCGCGCAAGAUGAAUGGUGCUGUGUCCAUAGCGGAUUCUGGUGUUUACAAGUUCCCAAACAGGCAAACCAAUAUUGGUAGUCAUGAUUCUAAUGCAUAGUAUUCCUUUGCUUCUGCCAGUGGCUACUGAUAUAUUAAUCAUAUCUAUAGUAAUUGCAGAGGUUUCUGCAGUAUCAGAGGCCCACUGUAAUUAAUGAUUGUAUUAUCUCUUCAUAUAUCUAACUAUAAAGUUAAAUCUUUUCCAGCUAGACGAGAUCAACUGAUUAAAACUAAUUAUAAGAUAAUGAAUUUAGAGUUGUGUAGCUGGGAAGAGAAUUUUGAGUAUAGAUAUGCUGUAAAGAGAUGUGUUAGGAUUGCUGUUACUCUUUUCAUUGUCAGGAGAGAAGCUCAAAUAUGGUGUAUAUUAUUGAGUGUGUUAGGAAAUGUAACGUACUUGUACAAUUCAUGAUUGAUGCAAAACAUUUUGGCACUGCCUGAA